GUGAUGUCCUAUCCCUAUAUAUAGCUGCUUAUUAUAAGCCAAAUUAUAGCGCACUCAAAUCUCUACAUUCCUUGUAAUUUCGUGAGUUCGACUUAUCAAAUGGCUUCAAAACCUCACUAUGAAGGCAAUCACACAUUCUAUAAAAAUGAAAAGUUACAGGGGUAUAUAAUUUAUCCCAAAGCUCUUAAUAUUGUUUGGGGAAACGAUAAGCGCUUUUGGAAAAUACCCAAAUACGAAAAGGAGGAUGCAGAGCUUAUUCAAGUAAAUUGGCUAGAGGUAACUGGUUGGAUUGACAAUGUAUUAGAGAAGAAAACAUACGACGUCGGUUUUACGGUGUCAUUGAUGCCUGAUGCGUUUGGUUGGAGAGAUUCACCAGUCUAUAUUAUGGCUAAAUGGGGAGACAACACUCAAUGGAGAAAAGUGAAUUUGACAACUGAGAAUGACAUUAAUGGCAAAAAGAUGAUACCAAAAACUCUUACUAUAACAUAAGGAAAUGGAGAUGCUGAUAAGCUGUAUUUUGGUUUGUAUGAAGUUUGGAGCAAAAGGUGGAAAGGAGGUUUGAAAAUUCAUUGCGUAAACUUGACUGAGAGAAGCUAAGCCGAUGAAGUGAGGGAGCCAGGAUGCGGGUUCGGUAGAACGCACUAGCUUUUGUUCAAAUCAUGCCUUUAUUUUAAGAAAUUCAUUGAAUAUUUGUAUAAAAUAUUAAUUUAGAACUCAAUAACUUAAAAAAAUAACAAUUCCGAACCCAUAAGAUUCAAAUCCUGACUCCACCUCUGGGGCGGAGGGGAAUAUAAUCUCAAGUUAAAAGUCUCGUUCUUCUUACUUCAUGUAUUUUUAGAGUGUGUUUUCUUGCAUAUAUUUGUAAUAUUGCUUGCAUGAAUGAAACUAUAUGAUUCACAAUCA